GUUUCGCUAAAAACGGCAUCUGAUUAUCACAUGUGGCCUCACGGUGUCACAUAAGAAUGGACUGCCGGCAAUCUGAGAGGAUCUCUGUCAUCAUAGCUGUCCUCCUGUCCUGGAUGGGAUUGUCAUCUGAAAAUCCAGAUUGUAAAAGCAGAGUAUUCCUUAUUCAAGAAAGUUGCAAGAAUGGUGUGAGAGUCUUUGAUUUGGAAGAAUCUGGCAUACCCCCCCUGACGAGUAGGGUCACUACAUUGGUGAUACCCAUCCUGUACACGGCUGUGUUUGUCAUUGGGCUUCCUGCAAACAUGAAAGCUCUCUGGGUCUUGUUAACCAAGAUGAAAAGGGCCCCCUCUACCAUCUUACUCACCAACUUGGCUCUUGCUGACCUUCUGCUGAUCAUACUGCUGCCCUUCAAAAUCACCUACUACUUCCAGGGGAACCACUGGAUCUUUGGGGAGCCCCUAUGCCGGACCCUCACUGCAGGCUUCUACGGAAAUAUGUAUGGCUCCAUCCUCUGCCUCAUGUUCAUCAGCAUUGACAGAUACAUUGCCCUGGUCCACCCAUUCUCAGCAAAGAGCUUCAGAAGCACUAAGCUGGCUGUCUCUGCUUGCGUGGUGGUUUGGGUCAGUGUCGUGGGGUCCAUGUCACCUUUUGUUUUCACUCAGCAGUCCUACUCCUUAGAAAACACCAAUUUCACCAUCUGUCAUGAUGCCUUACCCAGAGAGCUGCAGACAAACCUGUUCUUCUACUGUUUCCUGCUUCUGUUUGGGUUUGGAUUCCUGAUUCCGUUUUCUGCCAUGUUUUUCUGCUACAUUUCCAUCUUGUGGGCCUUGAGGAGGAGCCCGGAGAAGUACAUCCGCACAAUAAAGAUCAUGGCCCUGUCGCUCGUGGUUUUCAUUGUGUGUUUCUUUCCCAGCAACGUCAUCUUGCUUCUCCAUUACUCCGAAUCUCACCCGGAGAAGGCCAGUGCCUUCUACUUCCCCUACCUCAUCAGCCUGGCUCUCAGCACCUUCAACUGCUGCAUCGACCCUUUCAUUUAUUAUUACGUGUCGGACGAUUUCAGAGCCAAAGUGAGAGAGGCAGCUGGGUGGGUCAGCCAACGCAGUGGGACCCAGAGCUCACAAAGGACAGGGGAUGUGUGCUUAUCAAACAGGAGCAAGUCUGGAGAAGCCAUAUGAGAAGCACAGAAGUGUAAACGCGGGUACGAAUUCAAUCCAUUUAGAGGGACAUCAUCUGUGUUCGUUCUAACAUUAAAUCCUCUUUAUGAUGUGAAAACUCUUUAAAUAUUAAAAUGAGUUUUCAGUAAAGCAUUUCCAUCCUUCCUUCCAUUUCAUGAAAAGCAUGAUGCAAUUCAUAACAAUAGUGUCACUGUACUUAUGAAAUACUAGCAUUAAUGAGGAUUAAGGUCGAUGUGGACAUAUACAGCAUACAGACCUUGAAGUAGUAGUGUGAUGAGACUGCGUGGAGAUUAUAUAUAUAUAUAUAUAUGACCUUUAAUAAAUAUUGAAUAAUUCACCUUGCACUGCACCCAUCCUACUGUACACACACUACUGCUUACCUGUCUGUCACGUCUUUGAUAAUGGUUAGGAAAACAUUUAAUUUCCCUAUUCGUCAGAGACUCAGCGAGACUCAGGGCUCAGUGCAUACUGUAAUGUGAUUUAACCCGUAACUGCUAGUUUCAUGUCAAGUCAGUGGCAGUUGUACGUUUUUUCCAGUUGCUGGUUUCUGCACUGGUGGGUAUUUGCAUCCAGGGGACCUGUGGGUAGCAUUUCAUUCACUUCAUUUAGCGGUCAGGGUCACGGGUUACAAGAAAUACAGUAGGAUGAUGAUGUAACUUGGUUCUCAUCAUAUUAUUGCAAUCUGCUGCUGGAUUCCCUUGCCAUGAACUUUCUUUAGAGCAACUCUGCUUAUUAACUGCAAAGAAGACAAUCCAGACUUGCGAAGUUCAAACCCUGAGCAUGAAGAAAUUAAGAAGUGAAACUACUGCUGCUGCUGCUAGGGGGAAGAGAUUCUGCCAAGAAAAAUAUCUGCAUUCAGCUAGAAAUCUGGUUAGCUGAGUUAGUGGGGAGUGGGGGGAGAGAAACAAUCAGAAAGCUACUGUACAUUAUUUAGAAUAAUAAUACAAACACAUUAAUUUAAUAAGAUAUUAACAUAUAACAAAUGUUCUUUUACAAAACCUUCAUUCUUAACAGACUUCAAAUAUUUGGUCUUAAAAUAUGUCUCAGUAAAUGAACACAGCAUUAAAAAAAAAAAGCACA